AUGACUUGCACACCCGGGGGGGAGAUCAUCGCCGCAAUCUCCCGGGAGGGAGGCUAUCAAGCGGAUGAGAUCAGGCUGGGAAGGGUCCAGGUCACGGGUCGUAGGGGUCUUAACCUGGCCUGGGCCCAAUGCCCGGCGGACGCGGCGCUUAAGCUCGUCGAAGCCGGGUCGAUGAAAAUCGGAUGGACCCUGGUGCGCGUAGAGCUCCUUCCGAGCAGGCCGGCCCAAUGCUAUCGAUGCUUGGGUCGAGGUCAUGUGCAGCAGCGGUGCCCCUCCAAUGUGGAUCGGGCCCACUGCUGCUAUCGGUGUGGUGGCGAGGGCCACACAGCGGGGAGCUGCGGGGAGAGACCGCACUGUCCUAUUUGCGCCCUCAACGGGCGACCUUCGGGGCAUAGGGCGGGUAGCACGGCUUGCCCCUCUAUCCCUCCCACGAGGGAAAUUGUGCGUGGCACGCUCGCGCGUAGUGAAGGUGGUAGGGAUGCGCGGUCCCAACAACUGCCCCUCUCUGCCCCGGACAUGGAGACGGAAUCGGUGGGGAGACCAAGCACCGCGGAUGCGAAGAGGCCGAGGGAAGACUCCACCAGUCCACCCCAAGUGGAACCCAAAAAGGCGCGAGGCCCUGAGACCGACCGUCCAGGGUCCCCACAACCGGGCCCUUCAUCAGGUCCCUGA